CUUUAACAAACAGUGAUUGAGAUAGUUUCGUGUGUUAAAUUAAUAAACAAAAGAUUUGUGAAAAUGCGUUUAUUCGUGACUGCUUUAUUUGCAAUUGUGUCUGUGACAACAGCUCAACAGCAACAAAUUGAUCCUGCAUAUUUGAGACAAUAUUAUGCACAACUUAACCAACAAGGAGGAUCACAAGGAUCACCAAGAGCUGCUGCUCCAAUUUUUGAGCAACAAGAACAACAACAGCCUCAGCAGUUCCAGGCAGCACAACCUGCAAGAAAUUACCAAAAACCAGCUCAAAUCUUCGUGCCAGAACAACAACAGCCAAGACAAUAUCAACCUCAACCACAGCAGGUUCAGUAUCAACAGCCAAAAGCACAACCAAGACCAAAGAAACCAGUCUUUAGACAAGAGGAAGAGCAAUCCCAGGAAGACUAUGACCCAAGUCCUUCAUACCAAUUUGGCUUCGAUGUUAAAGAUGACGAAUUCACCAACUAUCAAAACCGUAAAGAAAGUCGCGAAGGAAAUGUAAUCAAGGGAAGUUACUCAGUUGUUGAUUCCGAUGGAUUCAUCAGAACAGUCACUUAUACAGCUGAUCCAAAAGAAGGCUUCAAAGCUGAAGUUGUAAGAGAGCCAACUGAUAUUGUCAUUAAGGUUCCAACACCUGCCCCACAAACUGAACAGCAAGGUCAAAUUUUCCGUCAAUCACAGGCUAAGGCACAACAGCCUCAGCAACAGCAUCAACAAUAUGCUCAACAGCCUCCACAACAAUACAGACAGCAACAAGCUCGUCCUGAUUAUUAUCAACAAUAAUUCUUAUUAAUCUUUAGUUUCACUUCCACUUCACAAUCCUAGUCCUAUCCCUUAAUUUUAUUCACCACAUAUAAAAAUGCUGGAGAAGAGACUGAAAACAAUUUUUUUUGUCCGUAUCUUGCCGGAGACUUUUAUAAUUUAUUUCCAUCCCAUUCAUUAUGAGUUCCCUGUGCAACCCCUUUUUAUUAUUAUUAGUUUUUUAUCUACACAGCAGUGAUGCCGUGGACUGUUUUUUUCUCAUUAUUAUUAUUAAUAUUUUAUGUGAUCUUUAUGCCUUACUAUCGAUAAAAAAAUAUGAAAGAAAAUAAAUUGUUCAACAAAAAAAAAAUUAAAAUUAAGUUGAAGUGUCUUUUUGAAUUCAGUCAAG